CCGACGCCCCAAGAAAGAAGACCAGAAGCGCCCCUUCCGGUUCCGGCCCUCGGUUUCGUUUCCCGCCGUGCAAGAAAGAAAGAGAAGGCAAAACCAGGGGCUUGGGGACUCCUCUCCCAUUCCAAUCGCCAAUUCGGCGUCCCCCGCCUGCAACCCUUCCCCUCUCCGCCACCGUCACGCGCGCGCCGCCCUUUCCCACGAGCUCGUCAGCCUCCUCAAGAUUUGCCAGUGUGGCUCAUGUCAUUAGCUGAGGUGGUCCUAUGUGCCAGUGAGAGAGGGGUGACAUUUUGUCGAAACAGCAAUGUAAAUAGUGGCAACUAGGCAAAUCCCCCUCUUCUUUCUGGAUGGAUUCGAGCAAUACUCAAUCUGAAGGUUCGGCCCCAUCUGUUCCAAAAAACCCCGCCAUGGCUUCAUGCCGGAAGAAGAAAUCUGAUGAUGCUACCUUCCUUGAAGAUAUUAAAGACCACAUUGAUGAGUUCAUUCACGCCUCCAUGGAUGAGCACAAGACCUGCUUUAAGAAGAGCAUCCAGAAGAUGUUUGGGAUGUCAAAGGCUGUCGCAGAUCGAUCUGCUGGAGCAAAGGAAGCUGAAGUUGAAAGUGUGUUGCCGCUUCAGACCAGUGUCUCACAGUAGAAUGUAAUUGUGGUGGUAGUUAUGUUGCUCUGUGUUUUCAGAAAAGCCUAAGUGUCGGCAGUAGCAUGUUUUUCCUACCAGGAUUCUAACGUUUUUAUUCUCCGCGGUUUUCUGUAUGAGUACAACUACGUGUGUCAUAAACAGAUUUUGAACGAUAGAGUGCAAGCUUGAGAUUGAAAUAUCGCCACGCUUAUACUGGUUUC